AUGGAACCCGCCGUUCGGAUACGACAGUUAGGCAAAGACCGCGUCAACUUUGUGCUCGAGAAUGUGGACCUCGCGUAUGUGGCCUCGAGUCUCGUUUUCGCGCUGUUGAUCGCGUGCAGUUUCGCCAAUUCUCUCCGCAGAGUCAUGAUGGCCGACCUCCCCACAAUCGCUAUCGAUCUUGUGGAGUUCCAAGCAAAUACCACUGUUCUACCAGACGAAUUCAUUGCCCAUCGACUCGGAAUGGUUCCUUUGCUGAGUAGCAAUUGCGACGAAGGCAUGCGAUACACGCGAGACUGUACCUGUCUUGCAGCAUGCCAAUACUGUUCCAUCCAGCUCAAGCUUGAUGUGGCCUGCCACAGCAAUACGACGAUGGAUGUGACCAGCAACCACCUCGAGGUGACGCCGUAUGGUACUGACUACAACGAUAUGGGGGAGGGUGAAGCAGGAGAUGAGCCAAGUAAACGGGGGGAAUAUUUCGGGCAUCCUGUGGGCAAAAACGAUCCUGACGCGUCUCCCGUGCUAUUGUGCAAAAUUCGUAAGGGCCAAGAGCUUCGUCUGCGUUGUAUUGCCAAAAAGGGCAUUGCGAAAGAACACGCUAAAUGGUCGCCUUGUUCAGCUGUGUCGUUUGAAUACGAUCCAUAUAACAAGCUACGACACACAAGCUACUGGUUCGAAACCGAUGCGCGGGAUGAAUGGCCAUUGAGCGACAACGCCAAAGAGGAAGAGCCACCGCGCGAAGACGAAGUGUUUGAUUUCAAUGCUCAGCCACGAAAGUUCUACUUUGAGGUUGAGACUGAUGGUAGUUUGGGACCCCAAGAAGUUGUUAUGCAAGGCCUUGCAGAGCUACAGUCAAAGUUGGCGAAAAUUGUUUUGGCUUUGAAGAAAACAGAGCCAGAUAUGGUUGCCGGCGAACCUGUGCCUGAAGUAGCUGCAACAGACGGAUGGGGCAAUGGUGGCGGCUGGAACUCAACUAAUCAGCCAGCAACAAAUACUGGGGGCUGGGGAGCAAGUCCAAAUCGUGGUGGCGGUGGCGGCGGUGGUGGUUGGGGAAGCGGUGGGGGCUGGGCAAGCCCUUCACAACCCGCAACGGCCGGUUGGAAUGUGUAG